GCCGGACCUUUCGUCAGGCCAUGAGACGUUUGCCUCAGGCCCAUGAAUACUUGAUUAUUUGGGGCCAUAAAAUUGGAACCCCUCCCCCACCCCCCGGGGGGCCACUGUCCAGCCGUCCACCCACUCCCCCUCUGCAAACCUGGCUCGCCCCUGCCCUUCUCCCCCUCUCGCUUUCGCUCGCUGCCCAGCCUCUCUCUCGCUCCGUCACCCUCGCCCUCGCUUUCGCCUUUCGCUGCUCGCCUGCUCCGUCGCUCGCUGCUCGUCUGCUCCGUCGACCGUCGCUCGCUGCCUCUCUCUCGCUCCAUCGCUCGGUCCGUCGGUCGCUCGCCCUCGCCGACUCGCCUCGCCCUCGUGGCUGGUGGGCGGUGGUUCGCUCUCCGUCGCUCGCUGCCUCUCUCUCGCUCCGUCACCCUCGCCCUCGCUUUCGCCUUUCGCUGCUCGCCUGCUCCGUCGCUCGCUGCUCGUCUGCUCCGUCGACCGUCGCUCGCUGCCUCUCUCUCGCUCCAUCGCUCGGUCCGUCGGUCGCUCGCCCUCGCCGGCUCGCCUCGCCCUCGUGGCUGGUGGGCGGUGGUUCGCUCUCCGUCGCUCGCUGCCUCUCUCUCGCUCCGUCGCAGUUUCGCACCCUCGCCGGCUCGCCCUCCGUCGCUCGCCUCGCCGGCUCGCCCUCGUGGCCGGUGGCUCGCUGCUCUUGCGUCUUGCCUCUUGCUCCGUCUCUCGCUGUCGCUGGUCGAUCGCUGCCUCUCGAUUGCCGAUUGGCUCAUCACUCAUCAGAUUCAGUCUUUCAGAUCUGCUUCAGAUCUGCUUCUCAGAGGCUCUGACUCCAGUCUCCAGAUCUGCUUCAACUUUCUUUCUAUCUGACUUCUUAAUUAGUGGGCUUAAAAGUUGUAUGCAAAGAGGAUACUCCUACAUACAAGGUGCAGAAGAAUUACUUCAUGAUUUAAAACAAAACAACUAUGAAAUCCAUGCAUUCACAAAUUAUCCAAUCUGGUAUGAAAUGAUUGAGGAGAAGUUGAAACUAUCAACCUAUUUAUCUUGGUCCUUUUGUUCAUGCAACACUGUUGUUUCAGGUGGACCGACUCGGCAUCCUACACUUGAAGGAUUUUAUGGCAUUUUACCUACUGGUGGAAUUUGAUUUCGUCAAAAGGGAUAUUAACAGAUUGUUCUCUUGGUUGCAUGACACAACACCUUUAUCUUCAUGUAUGGUGCACUCUAGGCUCAAGUCCCAUUCCCUUGGCCAACAUUGUUUACUACUACACAAGGGGCCAUUAAGCUCAACUGGGGCGACAUACUAUAAUAAGACCCCAAUCGUUGCUCAUUUACCAAGCUUGAUGGAUGCAACACCUUCAAUCCAAAUGAGAAGGCCCGGGGAUGGAGCGGCCACUCACAAGAGAGGAGGAGGAGGACACUAUCGCCCCCAGCUAAAGCAGCAUCUGAGCGGAGGAGGAGGAGUUAAAGGGCUAUUUGGGAGGUUGUCCAUUGCAGUCGUUGUCCUCGUGAUUUGUUCCAUUUCGUUAUUAUCCACCUUGAAGAGUAAUAACAACCAGCCCAUCUCCCGAUCUUCAUCUGAGAUCGACACAGAAACUCUUUGGGAAACUGCUGCUUCUGAUGGUUGGAGGCCCUCAUCUGCUCCACGAUUUGAUUGGCCCCCUCCUCCAAAAGAGAGCAAUGGUCAUCUGAGGGUUCGAUGUAAUGGUGGUCUGAAUCAACAGCGCAGUGCGAUAUGUAAUGCAGUUCUUGCUGCACGAAUUAUGAAUGCUACACUCGUGCUGCCUGAGUUGGAUGCAAACUCCUUUUGGCAUGAUGACAGUGGUUUCCGAGGCAUCUACGAUGUUGAUCACUUCAUCAGAGCAUUGAGGUUUGAUGUACGGAUUGUGGAAAGCAUUCCAGAAAUUCGCAAAAAUGGGAAGACCAAGAAAAUAAAAGCACAUCAGCUUCGCCCCCCGAGAGAUGCUCCAAUUAGUUGGUACACAACAGUUGCUCUGGAGAAGAUGAAGGAACAUGGUGCCAUCUAUCUGACCCCUUUUUCACAUCGUCUUGCUGAAGAGAUUGACAACCCUGAGUACCAAAGAUUGAGAUGCCGAGUCAAUUAUCAUGCACUCAGAUUUAAGCCCCACAUUAUGAAGUUAAGCAACUCAAUAGUGAGUAAACUUCGUUCAGAAGGUCAUUUCAUGUCGAUACAUCUCCGUUUCGAGAUGGAUAUGCUGGCUUUUGCUGGAUGCCUAGAUAUAUUUAGUCCUGAAGAACAGAGAAUAUUGAUGAAGUACCGCAAGGAAAAUUUUGCAGAGAAGAGACUUGUUUAUAGUGAAAGAAGGGUCAUUGGAAAAUGUCCAUUGACUCCAGAAGAGGUUGGUCUCAUCUUGCAUGCUAUGGGGUUUGACAAUUCCACUAAGAUAUACCUUGCAGCUGGUGAAUUAUUUGGUGGGGAGCGAUUCAUGAAACCCUUUCGGUCCAUGUUUCCUCGCCUUGAGAAUCACAGCACAGUUGACCCUAGUGAGGAGAUAGCAGAGAACACUCGUGGCCUGGUAGGCUCUGCUGUGGAUUACAUGGUUUGUCUUCUAUCAGACAUCUUCAUGCCAACAUAUGACGGGCCAAGCAACUUCGCAAAUAAUCUCCUUGGACACCGUCUGUACUAUGGCUUCCGGACCACAAUCAGACCUGACAGGAAGGCUCUUGCUGCAAUCUUUAUUGAUCGUGAAAAGGGCCGAACAACUGGCUUUAACGAAACUGUUAGGCGUGUGAUGCUACAAACGAAUUUUGGUGGGCCUCACAAACGGGUCCCACCUGAGUCUUUCUACACCAACUCUUGGCCCGAAUGUUUCUGCCAGACAUCAACACAGAAUCCAGAUGAUAAAUGCCCACCAGAAAAUGUUUUGGAAAAGUUGCAUAGGCGACUGGAGGGUGAAACCACCAGUGAUUCAGAUACGUUGGUUCAAUCAAAUUCGACAGUAUCCAUGGCUGAUAGAUAGGAGAUUGAGUCUAACCUAGUAAUGGUGGUCAUACUAAUUCCUCAGUGAUAGAUGCCAUGAUACCAGAUUGGGGAAUGGAGCUUUUGUUUUUCCUAGUUCAGCUUUCAGGUGUCAUCGGACGAGAUCAUUGAUCUCUUUGGUUUGGAUAGGUGGCGAGUAGAUCGUGUUUGACUUUCGGAAGCGAGAGAGAAUGGGGGAUAUCAUUGGGUUUGAAGGGACCAGAAUGAUAUUUUGAGCGUGUGUUACUCUCUAUUUGCAAUUUUUUUUUUUUUUUGAAAUGAGUGAGCUCAAUUAUAUUAAUGAAAAUAUAGAAGAUAAAGCUGGAAGUGAUUGGAAUUCAGGAAAAUAUCCAUGGUUUAAGCGUAGGCGAACGCGGUUGAUCCUUGAAGAGUUUGGAUUAUAUUAUUAUUAUUAGUGCAUGCCUUUUGUUAUGGAGUGCAUGUUGUGUAUAA